AUGGGAAAGGUUUCUUGUGCUGUUGCGGCCCUUCUCUUGGGCGCGCAAGUCGCUAUCGCCACGCCGCUUCGUCCCAGGCUCGACACCAGUGCGCUCACACAGCGAGCGACAAACCAAAGCGGCAUCCUUCUCGACACUUACAUUGUUGAGUUCGCGGAUGACAAUGAGACGCCAUCGACAUUCUAUGCGUCUCUGGCGGCCAGUGGAGUGGAUGCUGUGCCCCGACUGGACCUGAGCUUCAGCCUCUUCAAGGGCGUCUCGUUCCAAGUCAAGGGCUCCAGCUCCAACUCGAGUGCGACAGACAGCUGGAACUUCAUACGCCAGAUGCGAGCCGACCCUUCCAUCCGGAACAUUUGGCCGUCCCGAGUCACAAGACACUUGCGUGACGUGGGAGGUGCAGUGCCAGCACAAAACUCUCACGUCAAGCGACAAACCCAGGAAGAGCGCACCUUCUCCCCGCAUGUGAUGACCCAGGUCGACAAGCUCCAUGCCGAGGGCGUGACUGGCAAGGGCUUUCGCAUCUCGAUCAUUGACAGCGGCAUCGACUACACGCAUCCAGCACUGGGCGGCUGCUUCGGCCCAGGCUGUCUUGUCGAGAUUGGCUACGACUUUACGGGCGACAACUAUGUACCCGGAGAUGCAUCGAGACCGGCGCGGCCCGACAAUGACCCCAUGGACAACUGCGUCGGACAUGGCACCCAUGUUGCGGGGACCGCUGCUGCCCAGCUCGAGGGCAACAAGUAUGGCUUUACUGGUUCUGCUCCUGGCGCGAAGCUGGGCGCGUACCGCAUGUGGGGAUGCACAUCGACAUCCACGACUGAGAUUGAGCUGAUGGCAUUCGCUCGUGCUGUUGAAGACGGAGCUAGCAUUAUCUCGUACUCGAACGGCGACGAGUCUGGCUGGGCGGGAGAGGCACGUGCUGUCAUCAUCUCCCGGAUUGUCGACUCAGGUAUUCCCGUUGUGGUUUCCGAAGGCAAUGACGGCGGCCAGGGCCUCUUCUAUGCCUCUACGCCUGCGGCUGGCGGUAGCAUCACGGGUACAGGAGCAGUCUCGAAUACGAUGUUUCCUUCAUUCCUCAACCAGGGCUCGUACAAGACUGGCAACUCCACCACCAACGGCACCACUGAAUUCCCCUUCUUGAUGGGCACUCCUGCGUUCGCUGCCGACACCACACUCCCGCUGUGGUCUGCGGUUGAUGCAAACAAUGCUUGUAACCCGCUCCCGGAUGACACACCAGACCUGAGCCAGCGCAUUGUGCUUCUGGAGUUUUUGGAUUCACGAGCCACGCGGUGCUACCCACAAGACCAGGGCGCCAACAUUGCAGCAAAGGGCGGCAAGUACAUGAUCUAUUACACCAAGAGUAACUCGACGAUGCGGGAUGAUGUUUUCGUUUACGCUGAUGGAAUUCUGGGUACGGCCAAGGCAGUACCAUAUGCUGCUGAGAAGUGGCUGUCUCUGCUCUCGGAAGGUAACACGGUCACGGUCACGGUUCCGUCCAACUCUUCCCAGUCUCUUGUGGAGCUUGUGAACAACGAGAGUGGAGGAUACGUCGCGGGUCAAUUGUCAAGCUGGGGCCCGAGCUGGGAGCUCGACAUGACCCCUCAAGUUGUUUCGCCUGGAGAGAAUAUACUGAGCACUUAUCCCACGGCCAUAGGUACCUACCGCGUCAUGACUGGCACGAGCAUGGCGUCUCCGCUAGUUGCAGGCAUUUACGCCAUGCUUGGUGAAGUGUACGGCAAGUUGGAACCGAAGCGUCUGCGCCGAAUUUUGACACACACCUCCAAACCGCUGGCCUGGCACGACGGCACCAAGGCUCAUCCCGAUAUUCUGGCGCCAGUAGCGCAACAAGGCGCUGGUAUCGUGCAAGCCUGGGAGGCAGCUCACACAAAGAUCGAACUUGACGUCGACAGUCUGAUGCUCAACGACACGGAGCAUUUCGCCGGCACGCACACCUUUAGUAUCAAAAACACCGGCUCCGAAGAGGCAGUUCUUCAAAUCGGCCACCGCAAGGCUGUGACCAUGUACGCCAUGAGCCCGUCAUCCAACCCUCUGCGUACAGGCAUGUUCCCCAACGCCAUCGCCACAGAAUACGCUUCCGUCUCCUUCUCCUCCGACAGCCUCACCGUCCCCGCCGGCCAAUCCGCGGAGCUGACCGUCACAUUCACGCCUCCCGCCAACCUCAACGCCACCCUGCUGCCCGUGUACAGCGGCUUCAUCUCCAUCGGCGACAAGCUGCAAGUCCCGUACCUGGGCGUCGCAGGCAGCAUGCGCGCCACGCCCGUCUUCUCGCAGGACUCGGUCUACCUUGCGGACGGCUACACACCUGCAGUUGCAAACAAGACGUACACAAUUCCACGCCCGGAUCCGAAGAACCCCCCGCUUACGGACCGUGGAGAUAUGAUGGCCACGCCGAACGUGUAUGUGCGCCCAAUCGUCGGCACGCGGAUUCUUCGCGCGGAUGUUUUGCGUGGGGACGAGGAGCUGGGUGCGCUUGCUGGCUGGCCGCCGACAUUUGUCGCAAGGUUCGAGCGGCGCGCGUGGAUCAAUGGCCUGCUGUCGAAUGGGAAGGUCAUGGAGGAGGGCACGUAUCGGCUGCGAGUGCAGGCGCUGAGGAUAUUUGGGGAUGAGAGUAAGAAGGAGGACUGGGAUGUUGUGGAGACGGUGCCGUUUGGGAUCAAAUAUACAGCGUAG